AUGGACCCGUCCCAGCCUCGCAUGCUUACACCGCUGCAAUCAGCAUCGUCGCCCUAUUACGAGUCGAUCGAUGGUUCCAGUGCCGCGCCUUCACCAGCCACGUCCGAGUAUACCGAACCGUCUUCCAGCCAAGGAGCUGCUUCAACGAGCAAUGCCAGUAUGACCGAUGCCCCUGCCCCGAAGCCGAAACAGAAACGGUCGAGAGUCAACCAUGUCCAAUUGAAGCGCCUUGAAGAAUUAUUUGCGAUGGAUCCGGCGCCUCCGCCUAUGGUGCGGAAAGAGAUUGCGGAGGAGUUGCAGAUGUCGGAGAGGCAGACGCAGAUUUGGUUUCAGAAUCGUCGGGCAAAGGAGAAGAAUAUAACGGGAGCAGCAAAGCGUCAAAGGCGCUCGAAACACGCGCCUAAACCGGUGUCAGCUCCAACGACGCGUCGAUCGACGCCUGAAGCGCGCGUCAUUUCGCGGCCUCCGCUGCUUCCUGCUCCUAGCCCGCCUCUUCCUCAGCCCUCCGCCUCCCAGCCGUUGACGCGUUCCAUUACACCUCCUCCGCCUCUCACCACGGGGUUUGACUUUGAACUGCAACACCUUCUCAAUGAGACUUCACCCGUGACAAUAAUUCCAGCCACCCACCUGCGCAUCGGCACCUGGAAACGCGUCGCAGAUACCAAGUACAGUUUGGUGACUUACACUUGCCCAGCGCGUCGCUGCCUCACAUGGUACAUCAACUCGAACAACCGCGGAUUCAAGAUGGACGUUCCAUAUUCAAUCAUCCUCGAGGCAAGCUUUGAUCAUGUCUCGCCCGGGGUCGGGAGGGCGUCUUUCAUCCUCUCCCGUCCACCUUAUUUCUACAUCGAACCGCAGCGGAGCUCAGAACCUAGUCCGGAUGGGACUGCGACGCCUACGGCAGGUGGUGAUGGGAGUGCAGGUGGAGUUGGUAGUGGGACUCGGAGUGGGCGACGGCCUUUCGAAUGGGCCUCAUGUGGGGACUGGACGGAAGAUCAACAAGGCACCCAGAAUCUGCUGCAGCAGCUGACUGGUCAAGCGGCUCAACUUGCGCACUUGGUUCGCACGAUCCAUAAUUCGAUCUCUUCCGCUUCCUCGCGCAAUGUCCAAUCCUCGAGUCCGACCCACUAUGCGUGCGCCGCGGGAACGCCUUCGAGCCAGAGUUUUGUGUCGACUACGCCGCCCACUCUCGCUGAUGCUACCGCGUUGCCUGCGACGCCAGUUGGGUAUGCGCACAGUCCUGCGGAAUAUGGGCAUAGUCCUAUCACGCCCAUAGAGCCAGGCCAGGUGGUGACUUCCCGGGCGCCACUGUACCAUGCUCCUGUGCCGUUCAAACCUGGGGCGAUGGAGCCUGUCAUCUAUUACGAAGGAUCUGAAGCGGGUACGCCGAUGAAUCCUGGCCUUGAACAGGACCCUGCUGCUACGGCUUCGAUGACGGGCCAGGCUGUUGUUGGAGGCCAUGCUUACCAGCAGCAGGUGCAGGGUGGAUACGACCAAGCAUAUCACGUCGGUAUGGGUGCGUCGGAAGGCCAUUCUGCGGCCGUUGCUCCCCCUGCUGUGGCACCUCCGUCCAUUGCAAGCCAGGCCCACUCCGGCGCUGAGCAGCCUUCCUACGGGUAUUACUCCGAUCGCACCAACCAACCGCCAGCCGUCGAUACUGGGAUGCAGGGAUAUGCUUCUGGUCAUGGACAUGGUAGCCACCUGUCCCCGGUCGAACAUAACCCUUUGGGCCAAGGUUAUCCUGUUGGCACGUCCGGUCAAUACGAGCUUGUUUCUUACCCCACCGCCGCGGGGAACGCAAGCGGUGUUGCGGGGUACCACCAUGCCCAGCCUACUGCGCUCGAUUCCUCGCACGUCGUUCCUUCGUAUUCUGCAGGAGGAUACAUACCCGAUGGUCAGCAGCAGCAGCAACAGCUUCAGCAAAUGCAGGCGGUGGACCAAUACUCGACUUCCACUGCAACCACGCUUUACAAUUCCAAUCACUCGCUUUCACAGCCUAAUCUGCAUUCACAUUCUACCUCACAAGCACAUUCUAAUUUGCAUUCUUACUCUACUACUGAUUCGGCUUUGCAUCCUUCUUCAGGUGUUCCUGAUCCUAAUUCUAAUUCACGUUUUCAUGUACAACAACAGCAGCAACAACAGCAACAGCAAUACCGGCCACGACAGCAUUCACAUUCCCGUUCGCAUUCCCAUUCGCAUUUGCAGCCUCUUCACCAGGUUCAUCAGCAGCUUGGGGAGAUGGGCCAGCAGCAGGUGCCAGACCAAACUUUGCAUCAUUCGCAUUCGCAUUUACGUUCUCAUUCUUAUUCGCAUUCCCUUUCGCAUUCUCAGAGUGUAAAUUUCGGAUCUUCGGCUUUGGAGGCUAGUGGAGAGUAUGGUUCGUCGCAUUCGCAUAGCCAGUGGCUUUAG